AUGGUAGAAAACUGCACAGAAGCGAUGGAGUUCAUUCUUGAGGGUUUUUCAGACUGCCUGGAACUGCGGAUUCCCCUUUUCUUGUUUUUCCUGGUGAGCUACGUCGUCACAUUAGUGGGGAAUCUCGGGAUGAUGUUUUUAAUCUCUAUUGACCCUCAGCUUCACACCCCCAUGUACUUCUUCCUCAGUAACCUAUCCCUUGUAGACUUCUGCUACUCCUCCGUGGUCACCCCCCAGAUGCUGGCCAACUUCUUCGCUCAGCAGAAAGCCAUUUCACAUCCUCAGUGCGCCGCGCAGAUGUGGUUCUUCAGCCUCUUUGUGGCUACCGAGUGCUACCUCCUGGCAGCGAUGGCCUAUGACCGCUACGUGGCCAUUUCCAAACCUCUGCUCUACGCUGUCAUCAUGUCCCCCAAAAUCUGUGCCUGGCUGGUAGUUGGCCCGUACCUGGUGGGGGUUGUGAAUGCCGUGACACAUACCAGCCUUACUUUCCAGCUACGCUUCUGCAAGCCCAGUGUGGUCAACCACUUCUUCUGCGAUAUCCCCGCAGUGAUCUCCUGCUCCUCCUCGAACACGCGCACCAACAGGCUGGUGCUUCUCACCCUGUCCUUCGUGCUUGGCACGCUGAGCAGCGGCGUUAUCCUUGUCUCCUACGCCUACAUCCUCACAGCCAUCCUGAGGAUCCGCUCCGUCGCGGGCCGGCGCAAAGCUUUCAGCACAUGCACUUCCCACCUGGCUGCGGUCACCUUGUUCUUCGGGACCCUCUUCUUUAUUUACGUGCGCCCCAGCUCCCGCUUCUCAGCGGAAGACGACAAAGUGUCUGCUGUGCUCUACACCAUGGCCAUCCCCAUGCUGAACCCCCUCGUCUACAGCCUGAGGAACCAGGAGGUGAAGGCUGCGCUGGGGAGGCUGAUGCAGAGGAGGAAAUUUUCUAUGUGA